CUCCAUCAUGGCGAUGCAUAACAAGGCCACGCCGACUCAGAUCCCGGAUACGCGCCGAGAACUGGCCGAGCUAGUAAAAAGGAAACAAGAAUUGGCAGAGACUCUUGCAAAUUUAGAGCGGCAGAUCUAUGCUUUUGAAGGAAGUUACUUGGAAGACACACAAAUGUAUGGUAACAUUAUCAGAGGUUGGGACCGUUACCUAACAAAUCAAAAAAACUCAAACAGUAAGAAUGAUAGGAGGAACAGAAAGUUCAAAGAAGCAGAACGACUUUUUAGCAAAUCUUCAGUCACAUCAGCAGCUGCUGUCAGUUCAUUGGCAGGUGUUCAAGACCAGCUCAUUGAGAAACGGGAACCAGGCAGUGGAACAGAGAGCGACAACUCCCCAGAUUUCCAGAACCAAGAAAAUGAGCCUAGCCAAGAUGAUACAGAGGAUUUAGAUGGUUCCCUGUCUGGUGUUAAACCUCAAAAAGCAGCUUCUUCAGCCAAUUCUGGUGGCCAUCACAGCAGUCACAAGAAACGCAAGAAUAAAAAUAGGCACAGGUUGGCCGACAAAUUGCUUAGAUCUGUUAUUUGAUGAAACUGUAUUGUAUGAAUGGGCAACAGUAAUUUUUAGAAAUAUUCUUUGCAUCCCUAAAGAAAAUCUUUUGAGGUGUUACUGGCUCAGCAUGUAAGCAUUUUUUUAAAGAAUUAGGUCUGCUGAGACCCCGGUGCAGGUAUAGUUAGCUGAACACUGAUAAAAAUUCUAACACUGAUAACUGCUUGUUUUCUGGAGGGAAGAGAUAUAUAAAAUUACCAACAUUGCUAACGCCUUGCAUUAAGCACAAUUCAGUUUGUGGUAGUGGACGAGUUGAUUUAGAUAAUGUCCAAAUGGCUUAUCUUUUUAUGCUGCCCUGUCCACGUUAAACCUAUUUAUUUUCCCCCGGGAUCAGUGCUUUGCUCUUUGUAUUGCCAUGACCAUUUAUAUGCUGUUGAUCAUUCCCCUGAAAGCAAUGCCUAAUUCUUGCUUGCCAUCUUCUGUCUACUUGUUAACUACAAAUCUUCUAUUCUACUGUGAUACAAAUUGCCCCAUGUGAAUAAUCCUCGCAUCACUGUACAGGAUUACCUGUUGACUUCCAUGUACAUAGGUAAAAAGUGUUUUAUCCUUGCAGUGAUUCAUAGCCCCAGAGAGUACAAGACCAAAUUCUUAAAGUGGCUAUCCUCCCAUUCACUUGUAUGGCAGUUGCUAAAGGACACAUAUCAAAAAAUUAGGUGUUUUCUCUUGUUACGCGUAAAAAUGUGAAAGUACUGUAUGUAUAUGCGCAAGUAUUUUCUGAAACUUGAAUAGUCGGGAUUUAUUGAAGAAAAACUUUGCUAGAAAAAACCUGGCCAUUAGAAGUGAACGGAAAUUCUUUCUAACAAAUUUAUUUUCCCUGUUUAUAAAAUCAUUUGGGAUUUUUAUCCCCGUUGAGCAGCCUAGUUGAAAAUUAAUGGAACAGUGUGAUUCUUGUGCAUGAGUUUUUUUGUUCUGCUGUGACAACAAAUAUUCUCUCUUUUGAGGGGAUAAAAAAGCGAUUGAGAAAAAAAGUUGCACACUGUUGUUUUGUGGGGGGUUUUCCAUCAAUUUCAACAUUUAAUAAUCCGCCCUUCUUGAGUCGAUUGCCAUACAGAUGAAUUUGGAGUCAAUUUUGAGAGUUUUUAUUAUUGUUGGGAAAUUGCUUGUGUGCUGUUGCCUUAGGGAGAUCCUUUUUAUACAUAUAAUUGUGGUUAUGGAUUUAGAACAUCUAGACAAUUCUAUUUUUAUGCACCUGCUAUCACAAUUAUGGGGAGAGCAAGCUAGGCAUUAUGUAUGCUAUAAGUUUCCAUGUCUCCUAAAUAAACUGAAACUGUGUAGUUAUUGUGAAAUUGUACAAUAUGACAUGGCAGAAAUUUCCCAAGAAAAAGUGAAUUCAUUAUAUUUUUUGGAAAACAAUUGUUGACUAGCUUUAAACUGCAGAAGGCUAAUUAAAUAGUAAUUCUCUCAUUGUUUUGUUUUCUCAAGAAAAAUGUUUUACAAUAAAAUUUGAACUGUGUUGGGUUUUUUUUCUUCAAAUUUAUCUAAAAAUGUGUUAACUAUACUCGCAAGUUUUAAACAAAAACAAAAAAACAGAAAACCAUUUUUAAAGUCUGAGCUAAGCAAUGCAACAUUUUUACAAAAUUGAAGCCAUUUAACUAAAAAACAGCGUUAAUUUUUUUCUUUGGGAAUGAGGGCAGUUAUAAGCUAAAAUGGUUGCUUAAUUCUGUUAAACUGUGGAGCUAAGCUUCCUUGCAGCAGUAGUAGUGUAAUAAUCUGCUUUUUUUGUUUUCAUUUCUGAUACUUUCCUUACCUGAAUUGGUGUGCGCUUUUAAACCAAAAUAUGUGAUUCUUCUGUAUUAACUCCUAAUCACCUAAUUAAACUAAUCAGUGCAUUAA